AUGAUCAACCGGCUAAAGCUUCUCCCUUUCCUCGUCUCCCUCCUCCUGGGUCUACACCGCUCCGCAGCAGACGUCGGCACCGCCACGUCCUACAGCCCGCCGUACCUCCGUAAGUUCUCAGCGAACUCACCCUCUAUUCUACCUUCCUUCCCUCGCUGCCGCCGGAGAAUUAACUCAUUGCCGCCGGCAGCCACCGCCUGCUACGGCGGCGACGCCAGCCAGUUCCCCUCCAACAACUUCUUCGCGGCGGCGGGGGACGGAAUAUGGGACAACAGCGCCGCUUGCGGGCGGCUGUACUUGGUGAAGUGCCUCAGCUCCACCGUGCCCCGCGCAUGCGCCGACGGCCAGCCCCCCAUCCUGGUGAAGAUCGUUGACCACGCCUCUGCACUUGUUUCGCCACCGUCCCACGGCGGCGCCACCAUGGUUCUCUCCGAUGCCGCCUUCAGGGCCAUCACCAACUCCUCCGCCGGACAGAUAACCCAGAUCAACAUCGAUUUUACGCAGUAAGAACUCGCCUCUGAUUCCUUCCACCGAGUAGAAACCACCCCUAUAUUUCAUGUGUUUAGAUGUAGAAGAUGGAGCUACUACACCAUUGUAGACGACGCGCAGCUUGCCCAGGAUGUAUCAUAAUUCCUUAUCGCAGGGUCAACGUCCCCAAAAUUCUCGCCGGCGUCGUUGCUGAUAACCUCACGGCUUAAAACAUUGCCUCUGGGAUGAGAAUUCGCCGGUCACGGUUAAAUUUAUGGACUAGUUGAGCAGGGUGAAAGCUCGCAUAUUUUACAUUUACUACGAUAUAUCCGUCUCUCUUCCUUCUUCGAGCUUAUUUCCUCCUUUUCAUACAUCUUUGCCUCUUGGAGGGAUCGUCUGGUCUGGUCGCUGAGUCCAUUGUUCUCCCUCGUUUGACGCAGGAUCAGUUGAGACGUGGGCUCUCUCUCUCUCUCUCUCUCUCUCUCUCUCUCUCUCUCUCUCUCUCUCUCUCUCUCUCUCUCUCUCUCUCUCUCUCUCCAUCUAUCUAUCUCUAUCUCUCCCUCUCUCUCGGGCGACCGCGCUAUCCACUGUUCUCGUCUUCCAAGGUCCCCGUUUGAUCAGCAGGUGGACUUGCCGGCCGACGGCGGCGGGUGAAAACCGCGUGGAGGAGUGGAGCCCACACGGAAGUGGCGCAAAAGACAAUGACAAGAGGUAGGGCUCACUUACGGACCCAUACAUAGCCCAUGUUUGUCGGCAUCAAUCGAAUGCGGACAAAAUCAUUCGGUUGAACGUGUAAAUAUGUACAAAGAACUUCAACCUGAUUACAUCCAAGCCCUUCUGCUGCACGCUCUUGCGUUUCGAACAGCCCAUAUUUUAUGAAUUUGUAAAAAUGUCCAAAAAAAGUUAUUUCACAUUACUUUUAAAGACCUUGAGUUCCAAAAAAGUAUAA